AGCAGGUCCUCGUCCAAUACGACUGGAUACUUAAUCCGCAACAUGCCAAACCCUCCUCUGGCAUCAUCUUUCCCCCUGAUAUGAUCCAUCUCCGGUCGGGUCGGGCUUCCUCGACACCCACGAAUAUCGCAUUGCCACGCUAGAUCAUGCCAGGAAGGAGAACAUGCGCCAAACAACCUCGAAGGCGGUGUCGAAUCGCGGCGCAAGGUUCAGGUCUUCUUUCCGCGCAUUCUAUGUCGCCGUCCUCUUGAUAUCGUCCUUUGCUGUCAUCAGCUUCCUGGCGGAUCAGGGUGCUAGAUAUCGCUAUGGGGUUCAGUCCCGGGGCAACGACAGGCGGUCGUUGAAGAACCCGGGUGGCACGCAACUCUUGGAGACGGACGAGGAGUGCCGUCGCGUCCACAAUGCCGAAGAUCAAUGUGCCUUCAUACGUGCCAAUUGCGCUGACGAGGAAGCCGGCCUGUUCUCCUAUCUGCAAUUAUAUUAUUGUGCUCUGGGGAAUGCGCAACCUUUGGCAUUUAUUAUUCUCACGUUAUGGCUUGCCCUCCUCUUUACAACCAUCGGCAUUGCGGCGAGCGAUUUCUUCUGCAUAAAUCUCUCUGCGAUUGCGUCGUUACUUGGCAUGAGCGAGAGCAUGGCAGGUGUAACGUUGUUGGCGUUUGGAAAUGGAAGUCCCGAUGUUUUCUCGACUUUUGCGGCAAUGAAUUCCCACAGCGGCAGUUUAGCUGUUGGAGAAUUGAUUGGUGCCGCCGGAUUCAUAACUGCUGUCGUUGCAGGAUCAAUGGCAUUAGUAAGGGAAUUCAAAGUUGGAAAGAAGACCUUCGUUAGGGAUGUUGGAUUCUUCAUUGUUGCAGCAAGCUUUACCAUGAUGAUUUUGGCUGACGGGGCUUUACACCUUUGGGAAUGCUGCGUAAUGAUUGGAUUCUACAUUUUUUAUGUGGUACUAGUAGUUCUAUGGCACUGGUACCUUAGUCGGCGCCGGAGACGUCGUGAGAGGGAGGCGGCUGCUCGCGGCCAGUAUCUAGCUAUGACAAACGAGGAGCUGGAGGUUGCAGAAGAAGACCGCGGUGACGAAGAACCGCCUACUGGGGGGAGACGCUAUAGAGACUCAGAAGAUUCAGGUGCACUGGAGCGCGGGUCGAGCCCUGCGUAUGUUCCAACGGGAGAGGAUGAAAGCGAUGAAGACCGCGAUGAAGGAGUUCAUCUCGCCACCGAGAUGGCUACCAGUAUGCGGGUUGCAAAACCAAAGGCCAGUCGCAGGAACACGAUAACUCCAAUCCGCCCCAGUCUUGUAGGGGCGCUUGAAUUUCGAUCAGUUCUCUCUUCAUUGCAGAGGUCUCGAGGCUCCUCGAACGUCAGACCAAUCCACCUUCGACGAUAUUCGGAUGAUCCUACCGCUGCUGGCAGCCAGUACUAUGGACCAGGAUACGAAGGAGAGCCAUAUUCGGACAAUGCUUCUAGUGUUAUCGUUACAUCUACGACGGACUCUCAGGCGGGUCUAUCUACAGCUGGAGCUUCGGCAAGAGCCAGGGCGGUGUCCAUGAAUGAUGUUGAUAGCCGUAAGCCAUUGAACCACGACACGUUCAACGGGGCUGAAGUACCGGAUAUAGACCUUAUUGCCCCAACACCUAAAUAUCCACAGCACUUGGAUGUGCCAGGUGAUGGUCCUGGCCCUCGCGCGACUACACCCACUGGUCCUGCACCCCUAUCACCGACGCUGUCUGUUACCCCUCCGCCGUCUACCGGUGGCACAUCAAGGGAUUCCAGUCCUAUGCCAUCACACCGACGAAGCCGUGAAUCUACUCUCGCUCCACCGGUGACUGGUUUCCCUGGUGCACGACACCUCCGAGUGGACUUUUCCGGCGAACACGGCAAGACAAUGGUGGAGUCUCCAGAGCAGUCCCCAAGAACGGUGCUUAGACCUAAGACUAAGCCACGGCCCACGCUUCAGAUACCUACCUCUUCAUCAAGGGACAGUUCCAGGAGCCCUAUAGUAUCUCCGAUUAUACAAUUCCCCGCGUACACCGAUUCGCCCUUACCAUUGUCCAGCCGGAGCUCGAAACCUCCAAGCAUUGUAUUGCCUGAUUCAACACUACCUGUACCCCACGACUCACUGUAUAGUGGCCAUCCUCCUGAAUAUCAAGAAAGGCCAGGGACUUGGUCAAAUUACUGUUUCGUCCCGAAUCCGCAGAUCUUGGCUUCUACGUUGUUCCCCACGCUUUGCACCUGGCGCGAUAAGUCUAUAUGGGAUAAGUUUGUCAGCGUCAUAUCAGCACCGAGCAUUUUCCUUCUGGCAAUAACACUUCCUGUCGUGGAAUCCGAAUCUCAAGAUGAAGGGGAAAAAGAGGAGGCGGUAGAAGCUUCUCUGACCAGGCCUAGGAGUGGUACUGCGCCGUUGUUAAUACCGGACACCCCUUCCCUUGAACGAGAGGAGCCCGAAUGGAUCCGUUACCGACACUCAACUCUAUCCCAAGAGCAUCCUCCUCUUUCCCCAUCACAACUGAGGGACUUCAGUAUGCAUAGCACCGCCGCUGUGGCAGUCUCUACCGAGAAUCUUCACCAUCACCCACAUCCCAUCCCGGUGCUUAAGCGGAAUUCAAUAGACCAUUCUGAAUCCCAUCCCAGCGAGCCAACUGCGGGCCCACCAAGAGAUUGGAACCCUUGGCUCGUCGCCGUCCAAAUCUUCACGGCCCCGUUAUUCGUUGUGGUGAUAGUCUGGGCCAACACCGAACAAGACCCACGCUUCCUCGUAAAACUAGUCUUCUACUCUCUUCUAGGAUCUCUAAUGGCAUUUGCGCUUCUACUCUUCACGACCACACCUUCCAAACCGCCCAAGUACCGCUUCCUUCUCUGCUUCGUCGGCUUCGUCGUCUCCAUCUCCUGGAUCUCGACGAUCGCCAAUGAAGUCGUCGGCGUCCUCAAAGCCUUCGGCGUCAUCCUCGGCAUCUCCGACGCCAUUCUCGGCCUCACCAUCUUCGCAGUCGGGAACUCCCUCGGCGACCUCGUUGCCGACAUCACCGUAGCCCGCCUCGGAUACCCCGUGAUGGCGCUCUCCGCCUGCUUCGGCGGGCCCAUGCUCAACAUCCUCCUCGGCAUCGGCGUGAGCGGCCUCUACAUGACCAUCAAGGAAGCGAACCAAACCCACGCCAAGCAUCCGGGGAAGGCCAUCAAAUACAAACCCUACGAGAUCAAAGUCAGCGGCACGCUGCUAGUAAGCGCCAUCACGCUCCUGGUCACGCUCGUCGGUCUCUUGAUCGCAGUGCCUCUGAACAAAUGGAUCAUGAGCCGCAGGAUAGGCUGGGGCCUGAUCAUGCUGUGGAGUAUAGGCACGAUAAUCAACCUCGCGGUAGAGGUUAGUGGUGUGUGGGGUGAAGCGGCGUUGUUAUUAUAGGUGUGCUUGCUCAAAAAUGCUUGAUGACCCGGACGAUGAUUCUAUUUUAUUCAUAUUGGAUAUAAUGUUAAAUAUUAUUUUUGGCGUUGGAAUAACAAACAGAACGGGAGGUUUCGAAAUGGGGGCGAAAAAAGGAGAGAAGAUGAUGUCCCGAAGAAACGAAUUAAAGGAUUGGAUUGAAUAUGCAUAAUAGCCUGCAUCUCAAAAAACCCCUUCGGCCCAUUACGAACCAUUUUGACUUGGGGG